CAAACCCCUGAAGCUUCCCUAUAAUCAUGGCACAAUUUUGCCUUACAGAAGUGAGCUUACUGCUUUUAUCACUACUGGCCUUGUUGGUGAGUUCUGAGGCGAGAGGGAAGAAGGUAAAGGACCUGAAGAGGAAUCGAAGAGAAUGGAUCCUUCCUCCUGCAAAGCUAAUGGAGAAUAUUGAUUACACCCAUUUGGAAUACAUUGCAAAGAUACGCUCUGAUAAAGACAGUGUUGAAAAAGUUGAAUAUUUCCUUUCUGGAGAAGGAGCGGACAAAAAACCAUUCAACCUUUUUGUGGUGGACCGACUCACUGGGUUUGUACGUGUCACUGGUAUACUGGACCGGGAAAAUUGCCCAUACUACAAUCUAACAGGGAUUGCUAGAUACAGGAAUGGGACCACAGCAGAGAGUAACAUCCCACUCACUGUAACAGUCCUGGACCAAAAUGACAAUGCUCCUUCCUUUGAGCUGCAUACUGGGAACAUUACAGAGGCAAGCAAAAAAGGAACCCUUGUCAUGCAGCUCAAGGGUGAAGAUAAGGACCAAGCUGGAACAAAGAAUGCUCAGAUCUCCUACAAAAUCGCCAGUCAGGAGCCAGAAGGCACAGGUCAUAUGUUCAAUUUAGAUGAAAGCACUGGAAAACUGUAUGUCAAAAAGCCAACACUGGACAGAGAGGCUUGUGACUUCUACAGACUAGUUAUAAAAGUAACUGAUAUGGGAGGAGCAGCAGGGGGACUAACAGGAACUGGAACUGUGGAGAUCAAGAUCCUGGACAUCAAUGACAACAUCCCCACUCUGGAGAAAUCUGAGUAUUCUGGCUCAGUGGAUGAAAAUGUUGAAAAUGUGGUGGUGAUGAAAAUCAAAGCUUUGGACAAAGACCAAGAAUUCACAGACAACUGGCUGACUGUCUUUACAAUUGCCAAAGGGAAUGACGAUAAUUUAUUUUCCAUUGAGACAGACAACAAAACCAAUGAAGGCAUCCUAAAGCUGAUAAAGGCUGUGGACUUUGAAGAAGUCCAGAAUCUUCAGCUUGGCCUUUUGAUUGAAAAUGUUGCUCCUUUUGUGGCAGGUAGUGCUAUACAGAUGGAUGUAGACAUUCAGGUUGGAGAGGGUGGACCUCUGGCUACUGGAGCAGGUGCCGGGGCAGGAGCUGGUACAGAAGCUGGUGUGGGUGUUGGGGCAGAUCUGGAAGUAAAUGUGGGAGUGGAUGCAGGUGUGAAUGUAGAUGUGGACCUAGAUCUAGAAGGAGGGCUCGAUGUCGGGUUGGAUGUGGGACUUAAGCCUGAAGCAGGGGCUGUUGGAAUUAAACCUGGUGUGGGCACUGGGCUGAAGCCAGACCUUAAACCAGGACCAGGAACAAAGCAGAAGCCAGGAAAGCCACCAAAAAGCUACCCCGUAAAAAUAGCAGUGAAUAAUGUACCAGAGGGUCCAGCAUUUAUACCUGACACCAGGAAUAUUCCUGUAUCUGAGGAUCCAAAUGAAGCACCUCAAAAUGGCCUGAUCACUGUGUUUGCGGCCAUUGAUCCAGAUUCAGGAAAACCAGCUGAAGAAGUCAGUUAUGCCAAAGGUUAUGAUCCAGACAACUGGUUUACAAUUGAUGAAGAAACGGCUGAGAUUAAACUCAACAAAGUACUAGACAGAGAGUCGCCUUUCUUGAGGAAUGGUACUUAUAUCGGCAAGAUUCUAGCUAUAUCCAAAGACAUGCCAUCAAAGACAGCCACAGGAACAAUAGCCAUUCAAGUCGCAGACUCCAAUGACCACUGUCCAACCCUCACUACAACCCAUACCAGUCUGUGCUCUAAUAAAAAAUCAGUUUAUGUUACAGGCAUCGAUGAAGAUGUUAGUCCCAAUGCUGCUCCAUUCACCUUCAGAAUCAUACCUGAUGGGACACGAGGCAGCUGGGUUGUAGAAGUUAUUAAUGAGACAAGUGCUGCUCUUCAUUCUUCUGAGCCACUAUGGCCUGGUCCAUAUGAGCUGCAGGUAGAAGUGUUGGAUGCUCAGGGUCUGUCCUGUCCAAGCACAGAAGUGUUUACUGUGGAUGUUUGUACCUGUGUGGAAACAAAGGACUGCAGUCUAAAGACAGCAGCACUAGGAACUAUGUCAUCUAAGCUUGCUGCACCGGCCAUUGGCUUGUUGGUAAUGGCAUCGUGCUUACUAAUAUUCGUUCCACUUGUUCUGCUGCUCUGUCAGUGUGGAGGUGCAGACAAAAUCUUUCCUGACAAAUUUAGUGAGGUACCAUUUUAUACCACAGAGUACCUCAUAUCCUAUCAUACUGAAGGGAGAGGUGAGGAUAAGGAAGUGUCACUUCAAAGUUUACCUGUUACCCUGGGGACCCUCCGAAAGGUUGAGACAGGACAACUGCUAAACUCCAACGCUAUAAUUUCAAAAAUAAUGGAAACUAAUCAGAUACAAAUCAGCAAUGAGCACAAAUUUCAGGCAACUUGCCAAAAUGUAAUAGAAGUUGACAAUUCCUACACAUUGUCAAGGGAAUCAGUGAACUAUGGCAAUGGACGUGCUACAUUAAGCAGGAAUAGGCUUGGUGUACAACAUACCACAGCUCUCUAUGAGGAUAUAACCCUUCCUGAUGCUUUUCUCAAUGAUUACUACUCUCAGAAAGCGUUGUGUGCUGUUCCUGCUGAGAAUACUCUGUUGGAAUAUAAUUUUGAGGGCGAGGGCUCCUCUGCUGGCUCCGUGGGCUGCUGCAGUCUUCUGGAGAAUGACGAUGACUUACACACCCUCACUGACUUUGGACCAAAGUUCAAGAAUCUGGCUGAGAUCUGUAUCCCUCCUUCAAUGACACGCAAAACCAUUCUGCCACAUAAUGUAGUAGGUUCUACCAAAAGCACAGUUGGUUUUAUUGAACCAGUUUCUAAGACCAGACUGGGGCACAUUGUUGAGACAAAGCAUGCAGACAUAAAGACUGAGAAAGUAAUGUCAUCUAUUAACAAACAACAAUCAUCUGUCAAUACUGUAAGUACUGCCCCAUCUAUGACACCUCCCCAUGCCAAGAUUACUAGAAUCAGUCGUUCCUCUAAUAUUAAUCAUUCUGAUAAACUACCCAGUCCAAUUCAGACUGUUUUAAUACAGCAGCAACCAAUUUACCACACCAGACCUGUACUACAACCCGUACAAUAUGUAGUUCAACCACAUCCAAAGAACACACUUUUGUUAGUCGAUGGAUCCAACAGAACCACUUUUUUAAUCCAGGAUAAUGAGAAUUCAGAGAAUCCUGCCAGCUCCUCUCUUCCAGCUAGCCCCUCUCUCUUCAUGCCCAACAGCCCAGCAGUGUCCCUGGGCUCUGUGGAGGACUGGAAAAUAAUGCAAUUAAAUGAACAUGAUAAUUAUAUGUUAAUUAAGGAUAAAACUAGUCCAGAUUAA